AUGUUCUUGUUAAUUGGAGUUGUACUCUUGGCGGGAUACUCUGUAUCAACCCCAGUAAAAGACACACGUAUCGUGGGUGGUGAGGAUAUAGACAUAACAGCUGUUCCCUACCAGGUGUCUUUGACGUUUCGUGGCAGACACAGCUGUGGUGGUGCAAUUGUUGCCAAUGACUUGGUAGUAACAGCUGCCCACUGUCUGAUUGGCUCACUACCAAGAGACCUCCAAAUACGAGCUGGUUCAUCAUCGAGUAGAACAGGGGGUGAAUUAUACCAAGUUGGAGAUUAUGUGUACCACUCAAACUUCACCUAUAGCCAAAUGGACUGUGAUUUAGGCCUCGUAUGGUUAACGAACCCUAUAGAGUUCAGUGAAAGAGCAAAACCCAUAGACUUGUAUGAGCAGGGAGAGGAAGUUGAUGAUGGUGAAGAAACUAUAAUCACCGGGUGGGGAGCUUUACGGGAGGGUGGAGGUGCUCCAAAAACAUUGCAAGUUGUGGCAGUACCGAAAGUGAGCGACGCUGUAUGCAGCUCUGCCUACUUACCUCUCUAUAAGAUAACUAAAUCUAUGCUCUGUGCAGGCAUUCCCGAUGGAGGAAAGGACGCAUGCCAGGGUGAUAGCGGUGGCCCCUUAGUCCAUAACGCAAAGUUGGCUGGAGUUGUGUCUUGGGGCCUUGGAUGCGCAAGACCCAAGUACCCUGGAGUAUACGCCAAGGUAUCAGCUCUAAGAACCUGGCUGGAUGAUCAAGCAAACUAUUUAAGACUGAAACAUAUUUUUAGAACGUGA